CACUACUCCUCCGAAACUAGCUUCAAGCUCCUCCAAUGGCCGCCUCCUUCCUCGCUCCGCUCAACCAGACCGAUCGCUCCCUCAUCGCCGCAUUCAUAGCAAUAAUAUCAGCUACAAUCUGCUACUUUUGGGCCGUGAAAAGAUCCAAUAAAAAGCUAGCACCUCUGCCUCCAGGCCCACUUGGCCUCCCAAUUCUAGGUUACAUCCCAUUCCUCAACGGCGCCCCAAUCCACCGGAAAUUCGCCGAACUCUCCGCCAAAUACGGCCCGAUCUUCAAGAUCUGGGUCGGCAGCCAGCUGUACGUGGUGGUCAGCUCCCCGGCGUUGGCCAAACAAGUCCUCCGCGACAACGAAUCCGUCUUCUCGAGCCGCGAGCUCCCGUUAGUUGGCCGGAUCUGCACCUACGGCGGGCUGGACCUGGCCUGCCUCCCGAUGGGCCCGGAUUGGAACUCGAUGCGGAAGGUCCUGGUCCGGGAAGCCCUCAGCAGCCCAGGCCUGGACGGGUGCUACGAACUGCGGAGGAGAGAGGUCGUCAAAGCUCUUAACGAAGUAGAAGUCGGUAAGCCGGUUGGCGUGUUCGAAUUGGCCCACAAGGUGGUCGGAAAUGCGACUCUGGGUAUGCUGUGGGGCGGCGGCGGAGGAGGGGGGGUUGUUGGUGGCGAUUACGGGGAGACUCGGGAAGUAGGGCAGCGGAUUAUGGAGCUGAUGGCGAAGCCGAAUGUUUCUGAUCUGUUUCCGAUGCUGGCGAGGUUUGAUCUGCAGGGGAUUGGGAGGGAAGCGGCGGAACUGGCGGAGAGGUUUGAUCGGAUUGUCAGCGCUGUGAUUCGGAAACGAUUAGACGGCGGCGGGGAGAAGAAGGGAGGCGAGAUUGAUAAGGUGGAUUUGUUGCAGGUUUUGCUGGAGAGAAGGGGCAGUUCCGGCGCUGGAUCGCCGUUGACUUCCAUGGCGCACUUCAAAGCCUUGCUUCAGGACGUUGCCGUUGGUGGGAACGAAAACAUAGCCAGCACAAUCGAGUGGGCAAUGUCAGAAUUACUCAAGAGCGACAGAGCAAUGAAAUCCGUACAACAAGAGCUCGACGAAAUCGUGGGGCCCGACAGCCUCGUCGAAGACCACCACUUGAAAGAUCUGAAGUACUUGGACGCCGUGAUAAAGGAGACCUGCCGUUUGUACCUGGCCCUCAUGAACCGGACGGCGAGCCGAGCCUGCACCGUCGGCGGGUACACCGUCCCGCAAGGAUCCAAAGUGUUCGUCAACUCGUGGGCCAUCCACAGGGACCCGCAGUUCUGGGCCGAGCCGUCGGAGUUUCGGCCGGAGAGGUUUCUGGACGGCGGGACGUUUGAUUUGAUGGGCAGCAGCAGCAGUUUCCGGUACGUUCCGUUCGGGUCGGGUAAGAGGAUCUGCGCGGGGGUCAAUUUGGCGGAGAGGCUGCUGAAGUAUGUGUUGGGUUCGUUGUUGCAUUGUUUCGAGUGGAGGCUGGCUGAUGGGGAGGAAGGAGGGGUUGAUCUUUCUGAUGAGUUCACGCUGUUCAUCAAGAAGAAGAGGCCGCUGGUUGCGGUGCCGGCUGCUCGGCUGGAGCUGCUUGCUUAAGUUGGUAGUUGUGUAAGUUGGUGGUUGUGUAAUUUACAACGAUAGUCCUGGUGUUUGGAGUGGAGAAGGGAAGAAAAACAGGGGAACCCCAGUCAAAUAUAUCGCAACGGGCAAUAAUUCUUCAUUACAAUAUCGUGCACAUAUAUAUGUUCGUGUAUAUCUACAUACUGGCAAACUUUUGCCAUACUAUCAAAUCAUCCGCUUACUAUUACGUGAAUAUCUAUCAAAAAAAUUAUUCGUUUGUCUAUGUUAAAAAAAAUUAUAUUAUUUUUGGUUUAUAAAUUACCAAGGGUUUU